CGCAGUGGGGUGCUCAGGGCUCGGGGCCUCUGCUCGGAGGAGGAGUGACCAGGCAUUCGCACAGCGCCUCUGCCAACUCCUCCCGGACAAGAAAUGGCCGACGAUUCUAAACCUGGGUUUUACAUAGAAGAACUUAACAAAUUCAAACAGCAGCACAGCGGAGAGGUGCAGUAUCGGGAGCUGACCGACUCGCCCCUGUUGAAGAAGUUCAGGUUUGCACUUCAGGUGGUCAUCGACGGGAAAGAGUUCCCCGCAGCAGGGGGCAGCAAUAAGAAGGAAGCCAAGAACGGCGCGGCCAAGAUCGCACUCGAGAUUCUGAACGCGCAGGUCAGAAGCUCUUUCUCACCGGCCGCGAAAUUGCCUUCGCAAGGCACCGGUGCUGGGAACCACGUGGGUCAGCUCAACACGUAUGCCCAGAAGAACGGCCUGCAGGUCUUAUACGACUGUGAAGAACGGAGCCCCCAACAGUUUCGGGUCACGUGCAGAAUCAACGGGAAAGUCUACGGCAGGGAGUUGGCUGGCUCCAAGCAGAAGGCCAAGCAGCUGGCCGCCCAGAGGGCCCUUGAGAAGUUACACUCGGAGGACACGGCCGCGAGACCCCAAGGGCCCCUGGCAGCGUCCAUCGCGUCCAGCAGUGAGAGCAGUUCCUUGCUCAGAUCCCGCGAGCUCAGCACCACCGAGUCGCUCUCUGGAAGAAGCUCCCUUGAUAGAAACAGCUGCAGUGAAAGCUGGGCCUCAUCCCAGUUAGCGAGUCCUGAGUGCCUUCCCAGGCUGGCAGAGGGGGCACCUCCAGAAGCAGCAGCAGCAGCAGCAGACAAAUGCCCGUACACCACGGAGAGGAGCUUUCUUGAGCAUUUCACAGACAUCAAACCAAUUGGCAAAGGAGGAUACGGGCAAGUUUUCAAAGCUCGUCACAAGAUUGAUGGCAAGACUUAUGUUAUUAAGCGCGUUAAAUACGACAACGAGAAAGUGAAGCGUGAAGUCGAAGCUCUGGCGGAGCUCAGGCACCCGAACAUCGUUCUCUACCACGACUGCUGGAAGGGCCCCGACCGACUCUUCAGGGACUACGAGUGGAGGCCGGAGACUGAAUGCCUUUUCAUCAAAAUGGAAUUCUGUGGUCAGGGGACCCUGGACCAGUGGAUCGACAGGAUGAGGCAUCAGAAGCCCGACAAGACCCUGGCAUUACAGUUUUUCAAACAAAUAGUUGAAG